UCUUCCUGGAAGCGAGGAUGCUCCGCAGGAAUGCCUGCCAUUGUUGUUGUGUGUGACUGAGGAGGGGAGGAGAAGAGAAGGAGAAGGAGGAUAAACGACUUAAAGAAGAAGAAGAAGAAAGAAGACGCUCGCUGCAGCCAUGGCCGCGAAAGAGAUCACCGCUUUUGGCUUCGUGUGUGUGAACAAGGACAUGACAGAAAGCAUCAGGAAGAUUAUUGAGAAGUCCUCCAUCAAGUUCAUUUGCGGGAUGAAGCUCGACGCUAAGAACGGUAAAACAGAGGACAGAGUUCUGGUGCUCGCCACCUGGCGUCUCUACUUCCUGGCCCCCAAGAUUCCUGCCAAGGUCGAGUCAUCGUUUAACUUCCUGGAGAUCCGAGCUUUGAAUUCUCACCCUGAACAUCAGGUCGUCAUCGACACAGACAAGUCCAGCUGCUCCCUGAGGUUCGAGUGCCGUGACCACCUCAACCACGUGGUCAGCCACAUCAACUACGCCCUCUCGCGGAUAUUCAACAACUCGGUGUUCGCCCCGUCCAUCUGCCACUCGGACAGCGACCUCUCCGAGGGCAGCAGGAAGUACUCGCCAAGUUCGGAGACGUCGGUGGAAACCCAGCGGGCCUGCGGAGGCUUUUCGGAGACGUACGCCGCCUUGUGCGACUAUAAUGGCAUCAGCUGCAAGGAGGAAGUGCAGUGGGAUGUGGACACCAUCUAUCACUCCCAGGACAACCGAGAGUUCAACUUGCUGGAUUUCAGUCACCUGGAAAGCAGGGACUUGGCGGUGAUUGUCGCUUCGGUGGCGUACAACACCUGGUUCACUAAGCUCUACUGCAAAGACCUGCGAUUGGGGUCAGAGGUCAUGGAGCAGGUCCUGCACACAGUCAGCAAAUCAUCCAGCCUGGAGGAGAUCACCCUGGAGAACGCCGGGUUAAAAUCAGACUUCCCACAGAAGAUGUCGGCCGCGCUCUCCGAGAACCCCGCCUCUGUCAUCCAUUCGCUCAACCUGGCCCAUAACUCUCUGGACAACCAAGGCAUGGCUAACCUCAUCCAGCAGAUGUGUCGCCUCAGCAAGGGUCUCCGCCUCCUCAACCUCUCCAAGACCUCGCUCACCUCCAAAGGGUUGAUGUCACUCUCUCUGGCUCUGAACUCCAGUGACCAGUACUCCAACUCCCUCCUGCACCUGGACCUGAGCAAGAACCCGGGCAUCCUGUCAGGUGACGACGCCUCGACCUUGUAUCUCUUCCUGUCGCAGCCCAACUGCUUGGUGCAUUUGGACCUGUCGGGCACAGAUUGCUCUGUGGACUCGCUAUUCGGGGCUCUUCUGAGAGGGUGCUGCGCUGAUCUCGCCUUCCUGAAUCUUUCCAAAAAUUCAUUCUCCCACAGAAAAGGGAAGGACACGCUGCCGCUGUUCCGUCAGUUCUUCAGCUCCGCCUUCAGCCUCACCCACGUCACCCUGGCCGCCAUGAAGCUGCCCGCGGACGUCCUCAGGGCCCUCCUAAUGGGCUUAACGUCCAACCCUCACAUCAACGAUCUCCACUUGGACAUCAGCAGCUGUGAGCUACGAUCGGCAGGAGCAGCUGUUCUGCAGGAGCUCUUCCCCAGAGUCUCGUCCAUCGGCACUCUCGAUAUCUCCGACAACGGUUUGGAUGCAGACUUGCUCACGGUGCUGCCGGCUCUCUCCAGACAACCCUCCCUAAAACACCUUCACCUCGGCAAGAACUUCAACAUCAAAAACAGGGUUCUGGAUGAAGUCCUGCAGAAACUGGUCCAGCUCAUACAAGAGGAGGAAUGCGCCCUGCAGACUCUGUCGCUCGUCGACUCGCGCCUCCGCUCUCGUGGCACGGUCCUGGUCAACGCCCUGGGCAGCAACACCUGCCUGAGAAAGGUAGACCUGAGCGGCAACAACAUGGACGACAUCGGCGCCAAGAUGCUGAGCAAGGCCCUGCAGAUCAACAACACGUUACGGAGCGUGACAUGGGAUCGCAACAACACCACCGCGGCAGGAUUUCUGGACGUGGCCCGAGCACUUGAACAUAAUUUCACCCUGCAGUACAUGCCUCUUCCCCUGAGUGACAUCAGCCAAGCGUACCGCAGCGCCCCCGAGAGGACGGAGCAGGCACUGACCAAGAUCCAGCGGGCUCUGGUGAGGAACAACCAGACUCAGCGCUUCUCCCAGCGCCAGGCUCUGCGGCUGCACCAAGGCCUGGUCACCAGCACCGCCGAGCAGGUGAUGGAGCGGCUGUGUGCACGUGUCCAGCAGCAGGUGUGCACGCUGCGAGGUGUCGGGGAGGCGGAGGACAUUCAAGCUGCCAAACAAGUGCUGAAAGAGGCCAGGAAUUCCCGCGCGCUGUACCCCUCCCUGUGCGAGCUGGCCCACGUCCUGUCCGUGGACGGGCCAGUGCGUCAGAAACUGGACUCGCUGGCGGGCGACUUGGCCAAAGCUGCAGACAAGGAGCUUCAGGUGAUCGUCGACUCCAUGGUGUCUCUCUGCCGAGAGCUUUGCCCUUUGUCGUCCGCGGCGGCAGAACGUCUGAGCCCGCCGCUCUCAUCUGUCUCGGAGCGCGUGUCCAUCCCACGCUCCGCCAUCCGCACGGCCCUGUUGGAACGAGCAGCGCAGGACAUUCACCGAGCUUUAGAAGAAGUCAAACUGUCCGUGGUCUCCUAUCUCACCAACUCCAUUGUUGAUCAGAUCCUGCAGGAGCUCUACUCCACUCACAAGACGCUGACCCGACAGGUGUCUUGUCACGUCAAACGUUGGGAGGGGACGAGCGACGACGGGACGGGCUGGAGGUUCAACAGGCACCGGGACUCUCUGGACAUCACGGACGAGGAGCUCGGCAUCAGCAUAGACACAAUAGCCAUUAAGAAGCGCAGCUCGAGAACAAGACGGAUACGCCCCGUCUCCACCAGGCUGAGCCUCUGUGACGACUCCAGCGCCUCCCCACCCCCUUCCAUACCGCCCUACUCCACGCCGCUAUCCCGCUCCGCAUCCUGGGAGGGUAUGUCCCAGCUCCCCACACAGGGUCUGCCUCUCCACCACGUGACACGGGUCCGCCCGAGGCCUCCGCGGAGGCACAAAGGAGGCUACCUGCCCGCCGACGCGAAUUGCAGUGAAAACGGAGCUAUAAGCCCUUUGGAUGACGGACUGCCAGAUUUCUACACUAAAAGAGUCCUUCCUGAUAGUCAGCUGUCCUCUCUGCACACCACACACUCGCUGAGGAGGAAGAAGAGGAGGAACAUGCUGGCCAUCUUUGGUUUCCGUAGAAACCGCAACCAGACUCUGUCCAACCAGGAGUCGGAGUUCGACUAUUAUGCUGACGGGAGUCACACCAUGGCCACAGCACCCACUGGGACCGCCACAGAGAAUGUCUACACUCUCCUUCAGCCGCCGUGGUCCGCCACCAAGGCUGGGUCUCCCGUAGAGGUGGCUGACGGGAAAAAUACACUCGUUUUGAGUCCUCCGCCGCAAUCCGGCGUGGGAGGAAGCAAACACCUCUUUUACUCCACUACUGAGCGGUCCGAAAUGGACGCCGUGCCAGAGCAGUCAAAAGAGUCCAACAAGUACUGGGCGGACGACAAGCAGAGGACAAGCGAGGUGCUACAGGCGGAGGACAUCUGGAUGGACGGCAGGCUGACUGAUCCACACGCAGAGAGACGGCGCUCGGACGAUAGAACUUUGGGAGAGGUGAGAACCGUGGACAGACAGUGGACCGUGGACAGACAUACGCAGUGGCAGAUCGACAGAAAGAUGGAGAGGCAGUGGAUGGGCGGCAGGCAGAUCGACCGAUCGUGGUCGGAGGGCAAGCAGCCGGACGUACAACCGGAUGCUCACUGGACGGAGAGGAGUGGCUGGAGGACGGACAGACAGAUCCAGGCGCUCCAUUUCGCUCAAAGGCCGCUGCCGCCGUACCCGUCGGACAGAACGCCUUCGCCAAAGCAGGAAGCCAACACCGGCGUGGACGCACAGGGGGAAAGACGCUCGAGUCCGGAUGCGGAAGGAUGGAGGAGCAGUGUCGGUGGGCGGUCUGCCGCCUGUGGGACAAAACCAGAACCCCCGCCUCAAAGUAGCAAGCCUACCAUGUCCAAACUCAGGCCCAGACAUCGACUGGAAAGCUCUGACACGCUACCUGAGGAGGACGGCGAUGCAGAGACGGAUCCUGCAAAGAAAGAGCGAGAACGGAGGAGAGAUCUGGAGGGUCAACCUCCCCCCAUUCCUGAAAAGCCAAAGACGACCUCAUACGUGACCUUCCCAAAAGAGUCAGCCAUGGAGAGGAGCCUGCCCCCUCCCCCCGUGCCCCCUCCCUUCAGCAGGCCUCCGCUCGGGCUGCCGGACAGAGCCGCCAGUCAAGGCGAGGAGGGACUGCGACCGCAGGCGCCCGUGAAGCCACAGCGGAACCGGAAAGCGAUGUCAUGUGACGCAGGCACGGACAGGGACAGCCCCAAUAACAUUGAGAAGCCCCCAAAUCGCAAACCCCCCGAGAAAAAACCUAGACUGCCCCAAAACCGAAAUAAGUCACUGGACCUGUCUGACUGCUUCAACACAGGACCGGGUCACAGUGAGCUGGUGUGAUCCCCCUGUCAAAGACAAGACAAAGAGGGAGGAGUCACAAAGCGUCAAUCACACGUCCAUACACUCUUCUAAUGCCCGCUGCCUCGUUUUAUCAGUGUUUGCUUCUUCAGAGGACCCAUCAUUAUCAUCAUCAUCACCGUCCAUCUCUUGUCUUUUGAGAGCGCUCCACUUGUGGCUUGUAAAGUGUCUUUUUGUAUUAUUCCGAUGAAGAUUACUGUUAUUAGAAUGUGAUUUCUACACAACUUGAGUGCAUUUUGAGCUGCUUGGCACAGCCAGCCGACUGCCUUGGUCCACACUUGAACAUUUAGUUGCUUCUUCUCAGAGGAAACUUGAGGAUUUAUAUCAGAAAGGUGUUAUUAUAUUUUCUAGAAAUGAAAGAAAAACCAAUAUUGUCUAUGAGCACCCCUCUUAAACACACACUGUAUGAAUAAAACUGGAAUGGAUACGUCUUUUUCUUGCUUCUUGCUUCUUAUAUACUAAGCAAAAAGUGAACCUGGCUGAGCCUGAAGGUCACACUGCAAAAACUGAAAUCUAAGUAAGAUUAAAUAUCUCAAAUAAGGGUGAUAUUUGCUUAUUUUCUGUCUGAUAAGACAAUUCUUCUCACUAAGCAGAUUUUAU